AUGCCCAAGUUCGAGAAGUCUUUCUACAAGGAGAACCCAGAGGUUGAAAACCGCUCUGAUGCCGAGGUGGAGGCUUUUCGCCGCAAACACCAGAUGACCAUUGCUGGCUCUGAUGUCCCCAAGCCCGUCGAGACCUUCGACGAGGCUGGAUUCCCUCGCUACGUGAUGGAUGAGGUCAAGGCUCAGGGUUUCCCUGCUCCUACCGCCAUUCAGUCACAGGGUUGGCCCAUGGCUCUUUCCGGACGCGAUGUGGUCGGUAUUGCGGAGACUGGUUCUGGAAAGACACUUACUUAUUGUCUUCCCGCCAUUGUCCACAUCAACGCCCAGCCCCUCCUCGCCCCCGGAGAUGGACCUAUUGUCCUGGUCCUUGCCCCCACACGUGAACUGGCUGUUCAGAUCCAGCAGGAGAUCACCAAGUUUGGGCGAUCCUCCCGCAUUCGCAACACCUGCGUCUACGGUGGUGUUCCCAAGGGUCCUCAAAUCCGUGAUCUUUCUCGCGGUGUCGAGGUGUGCAUUGCCACCCCCGGACGUCUCAUUGAUAUGCUCGAAGCCGGCAAGACAAACCUCCGAAGAGUUACCUAUCUUGUUCUCGACGAGGCUGAUCGUAUGCUGGACAUGGGUUUCGAACCCCAGAUCCGCAAGAUUAUUGGUCAGAUCCGCCCCGAUCGUCAGACCCUGAUGUGGUCCGCCACCUGGCCCAAGGAAGUCCGUGCUCUGGCGUCCGAUUUCCUCACAGAUUUCAUUCAGGUCAACAUUGGUUCCAUGGACCUCGCUGCCAACCACAGAAUCACCCAGAUUGUUGAAGUUGUCAGCGACAUGGAGAAGCGCGACCGCAUGAUCAAGCAUCUGGAGAAGGUCAUGGAUGACAAGGAGAACAAGAUUCUCAUCUUCGUCGGCACCAAGCGAAUUGCCGACGACAUUACCCGAUUCCUUCGCCAGGACGGAUGGCCUGCUCUCUCCAUUCAUGGAGACAAGCAGCAGAACGAGCGUGACUGGGUCCUGGACCAGUUCAAGACCAACAAGAGCCCUAUCAUGGUUGCUACUGAUGUUGCUUCACGUGGUAUUGAUGUUCGCAACAUCACUCACGUGUUGAACUACGACUACCCUAACAACUCGGAGGAUUACAUCCACCGUAUUGGUCGUACUGGACGUGCCGGCGCCAAGGGCACGGCCAUCACCUUCUUCACCACUGACAACCAGAAGCAGGCUCGUGAUCUCGUAAAUGUCCUCCAGGAGGCCAAGCAGAACAUCGAUCCCCGUCUUGCUGAGAUGGCCCGUUACGGCGGCGGUGGUGGUCGCGGUUACGGUGGCUACGGACGUGGACGGGGCGGUGGUAGAGGUGGGUUCCGCCGACGUUGA